AUGAAACCUCAAAACACACCAACCCGCGAACUCAUAUCUCUUGAUGGUCUUUGGUCCUUUGCCCUUGCCGAGGGUAACAGCAGCUCCUCGCCCUGGACGUCAACACUUCUACGGGGCCUUGAAUGCCCUGUUCCGGCAUCAUACAACGAUAUCUUUGUCGACCGCAAGAUUCACGAUCACGUAGGAUGGGUCUACUACCAGCGACAAGUCAAGGUUCCACGCGGCUGGUCGCAAGAACGAUACCUAGUUCGCGCGGAAGCCGCAACGCACCAGGGACAGAUCUACAUCAACGAUGACCUGGUCUCGGAGCAUCAAGGCGGAUAUACACCCUUUGAAGCGGAUAUCACGGACCUUGUUUCUGCGGGCGGCACGUUCCGUCUGACAAUUGCGGUUAACAACGAGCUUACGCUUCAAACGAUCCCGCCGGGGCGGAUUGAGGUGACCGAGGGUUUGGGAAAACGAGUGCAGUCCUACCAGCAUGACUUUUAUAAUUAUGCAGGGCUGGCUAGAUCGGUGUGGCUUUAUUCCGUACCCAAAGACCAAUAUAUUCGGGACAUUACAGUCGUGACUGGCGUUGAGGAUGGGCGUGGAAUCUUGAAUUAUACUGUCGAUAUAUCUGAUAAGACGACAGGGGAUGUGCGGAUCUCUGUGCUUGAUGAGACUGGAGCCAAAGUAUCGAGCUCAUCUGGGGCACAAGGAGAGGCUGUCAUUGAGUCAGUCCAUCUUUGGCACCCCGGUGCUGCCUACCUGUACCAAUUUGUGGUCAGUAUCGUUGAUUCAUCUAACGAGAACACAAUCCUCGACACAUACACCAUCCCGGUAGGUGUACGCACCGUCAAGGUCCAGGGACGGGAAUUCCUCAUCAACGACAAGCCAUUCUACUUCACGGGAUUUGGAAGACACGAAGACACUGCCGUCCGCGGCAAAGGUCAUGAUCAAGCAUACAUGGUCCAUGAUUUCCAGCUCAUGGACUGGAUCGGCGCCAACUCGUUCCGUACCUCGCAUUACCCAUACGCGGAGGAAGUGAUGGAGUUUGCGGAUCGACAUGGAAUCGUGGUUAUUGAUGAAACGCCUGCCGUGGGUCUGUCGUUAUCUAUCAAGGCCGGCACUUCAUCUAACGCCAACUCGGAAACCCUCACUUUCUCCCCGGAAGGGAUAAGCAAUCAGACACGGAAGGCUCACGCGCAAGCCAUUCGAGAGCUGAUCGCUCGGGACAAGAACUACGCCAGCGUCGUUAUGUGGUCGAUUGCAAACGAACCGGCCUCGCAGGAAGAAGGAGCCCGCGAAUACUUUGAGCCCUUGGUUGACAUGGCACACGAAUUGGAUUCUGCGCGUCGUCCCGUUGUCUUCGCGAAUAUGAUAGCCGCGACAUACAAGCUUGAUAAGAUAUCUGAUUUGUUUGACGUGUUGUGCCUAAACCGGUAUGCCGGAUGGUACACCCAGACCGGCGAUCUGGAGGAAGCAGAGAUCGCGCUGGAGAAGGAGCUGCGUGGUUGGGAACGGAAACUUGAGAAACCGAUUAUCAUGACCGAGUAUGGAGCGGACACGCUCAGCGGUUUACACUCCACGCUCGCGACUCCGUGGAGCGAAGAGUACCAGACGAACUUUUUGGAAAUGUACCACCGCGUCUUUGACCGGAUUGAGUCGAUUGUUGGAGAGCAGGUCUGGCAUUUUGCGGACUUUCAGACGGCAGUUGGGAUUGUUCGAGUGGAUGGGAACAAAAAGGGGGUGUUUACGAGGGAUCGGAAGCCUAAGGCAGCAGCUCAUACUUUGAGGGCGAGGUGGAAGGGCUCAAAGGGAAAGUAA